AUGGUCACUGCGAACGGAACUACCAACGGCACCAACGGCCACGCCAAGAUCAGCCCUCUCACCCCUGGUGUAUAUGCGCCCAUCCCCACAUUCUUUUUGGAGGACACUGAAGAGCUCGAUGUCCCUACAUUCAAAAAGCAUAUCAUUUACUUGGCACGCGCGGGAAUGGGAAUUUUGGUCUCUGGGUCUAUGGGCGAGGCGCACCACUUGACGCCCGAGGAGCGUGUUAUCCUCAUCCAUGCAGCUCGUGAGGCGUUAGACAGCAUUGGCCACACCACCACUCCAGUCAUUGCUGGAACUGGUAUCGGAAGCACCAAGGGCACCAUCGAGCUCACUCGCCAGGCUGCGGAGGCCGGUGCUGACUACUCCAUCGUCAUCGCGAGCGGGUAUUACGCUGGCGCACUCAACAACGAAGCACUCACCCGCUUCUUCCUUGAGGUCGCUGCUGCCAGCCCUAUCCCAGUCAUUGUCUACAACUAUCCAGGUGCUUCUGGUGGUAUCGACCUUGACUCAGAUACUAUUGAGAAAAUUGCGGCCGAGGGCUCCAACAUCUGUGGUGUCAAGUUGACUUGUGGUAACGUCGGAAAGCUCACCCGUAUUGCCGCUACCACUGCCGUUCCAUCCUUCGAAAAGGCCCACCCCCGGAAAAACAAAGAUGCGCCAUUCUUGGUUCUCGGAGGGUUUGCCGAUUUCAUCGUACCUUCGGCCUUUGCUCGGGCUCACGGAGCUAUCUCUGGAUUGGGCAACUUUGCUCCGCAUACCCUUGUCCGACUCACCCGCCUUUCUUUCGAAGCCGUCGCCAACCCCUCAGUCCUCCCAGAGGCCCAACUCCUCCAAGACAUUGUUGCCCGCGCUGACCGUACUAUUGCUGUUACCGGUAUCGCUGGUACCAAGGAUCUGCUUGAGCGUGCCUUUGGUUACGGUGGUGCUCCCCGUCUCCCUCUCGUCCGUGCGAACAAGGAGGCUGGUGCUAAACUCUGGGACCACCCCCACGUUGUCGCUAUCCGAGAGAAGGAAGCCGAAUUGGCUGCAUUGGCCUCAAAGACCUCUUCCAAGGCUUCUGUCCCAUCAGAGGUUCACGCACAACCCGUCGUUGUGUCUGCUUGA